AUGCUGAUAGAAGAAGAAAAGAUCACAUUCAGAUCUGUUACUAUUGGUGACUCCAGUGUUGGUAAAACAUGUAUUGUUAACAGAUUCUUGCAAGACAAAUUCGAUCCUGCGGAGCCAAAUACAAUUGGUACUUUAUAUGAGUCAUUUACAGAUCACAGAGAUGGUCAUGAUUUAGAAAUUCAAAUAUGGGAUACUGCAGGACAAGAACAGUACAGAAGCUUAGGCCCAAUCUACUACAGAUCUUCACUUGCCGCUCUUGUCGUCUUUGAUAUCACAAACAGGAAGAGCUUUGAUGAUAUUAAUGAAUGGGUUUCCGAAUUUCGUAGCGUUGCAGGUGAAAAUACAAUUGUUCUUUUGGUUGGAAAUAAAAUUGAUUUACCAGAACGCGCUGUUGAAAAAGAAGAAGCUCAGGAAUGGGCUACAAAGAACAAUUGUAUCUACAUGGAAACAUCAGCUCGCAAUGGAACUGGAGUGAAACAAUUAUUCACAACACUCGUCGACGAACUCAUGAAAAUGUACAAUGGAGAUGAUGGCAUGAAAGUUGUUAGCCGUUCUAAAGUCAAUACUCCGGAUAAAGACUCACAAACUGAGAAGAAAGGUGGUUGCUGCUAA